GCUGCUAGUGAGAGAGAGAGAGAGAGAGAGCGUGAGGGAGGCAGGAAGCUGCCUGCAGGCGGGGAGUGGUCCGACCUAUAAAAGACAGCCUGUCUUCCUGCUUUUGGUAUUUCUCUUCUGUCCUCUGUUUGCCUCAGACCCGAGACUCUACCUGCACAGGAUGUCGUGGCAGUCCUACAUCGACACCCUGAAGACGGCCGACCAGAGCGGCAUGGUCCCGGUGGCUGAGGCGGCUAUCUGUGGUAUAUCACCUGGGCAGGAGAGUGUGUGGGUCAGCACACCGGGCCUGGCGAACAUCACGCCCGAUGAGAUCAAGAAGCUGGGGAGCGCCGACCGAUCUAGUUUCGCUCAGAACGGCGUCUACAUCGGGGGAACAAGGUGCCGACUGAUCCGAGACCAGAUGGACUUGGACCCCGUCUAUGCCCUGGACCUGAAGACCGCGGCCGACGCUGAGGGCAACACGUUUGGGGUCUGUGUGGGCAAGAGCAAAACAGCUAUAGUCAUAGUUAAGGGCACAAAGGACGCCAGCGGUGGGCAGCUGUCCAGCAAGGCAUUCAACGUUGUCAGCCACCUCAGGAAAUCCAACAUGUGAACCAAACAUGGCCGCCAUCGCCUCCCCCCUGACCUGAUGGAUGCCGCCUCCCUCACCUGUGCCCCCCCACCACCACCACCACCUCUCUGAUCUUCCGUAGUCUCCAGCAUAUCUCCCCGCCUUCAGGGACCAAAGUGUUUUCCUCCAUGUAACUAAACAUUAGUGACUGUGUGUGUGAGGCGCCGGGUCACAUGACCUACCAGGUCACAUGACCUACCAGGUCACAUGACCUACCAGGUCACAUGACCUACCAGGUCACAUGACCUACCAGGUCACAUGACCUACCAGGUCACAUGACCUACCAGGUCACGCGUGUUUUUAAACAAGGAGCCAGUGUUACAUGUUCCAGUGUUUGUACACACCUGAAAGAAAUAAAGAAAGUCCUGUUUAUUUUA